CAAUGAGUACCUUGAGGACCUCAAGACGUGGCUUAGUGCUGUAAUCACGAACCAUGAAACUUGCAUUGAUGCCUUUGAGAACACCACAGGCGACACUGGGGAAAAGAUGAAGAACGUGCUGCAAACUGCCAGGCAGAUGUCGAGCAAUGGCCUUGCCAUGGUAUCCAAUAUGUCAUCAAUCUUUACGUCGUUACAGGUGGGGAGCUCUGCCAGCCGGAAGCUUCUCUCCGAGGAAGAAGCCGACCUAUUCAUAUCCAUGAAACAAAGGAGUCUCAUGGGGUUGCAGCCCAAUGCCGUGGUGGCCCAAGAUGGAAGCGGGCAGUUCAAGACCAUUAGCGCCGCCAUUGCAUCUGUGCCUCAGAAGAAUAACCAACCGUUCGUGAUUCAUGUGAAGGCUGGUGUGUACAAGGAGUAU